AUGCAGUAUGAUGUCUAUCAUAACAUUUUCCAUGGUUGCAUCGCGCUAAACGCUGUAAUCCCUUUCCGCCUGCCGCGCGGCGUCUUUUUCCCGUGCUUCGCGCUGCAGAAUUCUCACCUUCGCGAGAUUGGGGGGAGCCGACGCGCGCUCACCGUGAUCCGCGGCGGCGGGAGUUCGCUCGGCAACAAUCGCGGGUCCGUCCGCCUUUCUCGGAAAAUAACACUCGCAGUGCAAUUCGCUGCUUCUAGACGCCUCCUUCGGGCAGCUGCAGCUGCGGGCGUGCCUGGUCGAGUCGACUCCCCGGGUGACGCCAAGAGAAGCGACCUCUUGUGGGCUGAGGAUCCUAGCAGCCUUUCAAGUACUGCUGAUAGUACCUCUGCGAACAGUGGUGCGAGUAUUCUGGUGCAGGGGUUGGAAGGGCGGUCGUGGGCGGAGAAAGCGCAGCACGCGCGCAAGCUGCUGGCGGGGCUGCUGGCUCUCUCCCGCCCGCACAACUUCCUGCCCUCCGUGCUGCUCGUGCUGCUCGGCGCGUUCCUCGGCGCCUCAUCUACAGGCAGUGGCACUGCGACCAUGAAUGCUGCCACAGCCACCAUCACUGCUACAGCUGCUGCUGCUACAGCCGCCACCACAGCAACAGCCGCCGCUGCAGCGAGCCUCCCCGCCCUUCCCGUGUGGCUGUCCCCGCGGGUGCUGCUGGUGGCGGCGCUAUCCGGCAGCAUCGCGCUGGCGUCCAUGGUGGUCAACGACGUGUUUGACUGGCAGAUCGGGUCCGACCGAGUCAACUCGCCUGCCAAGCCCCUCGUGUCAGGCGCCGUGCACCCUUAUGAUGCGGAGCCAGCAGCAGGCUGUCUCUACACCCUCAUAGUCCUCGCAGCCUGUCAGCUGGAGCCCUUGCCUCUCCGCAUGCUGGUGGCGGGGGCGGCGGUCGGCACGUAUCUCUACACUCCGUUUCUGAAGAGAAUCACUCUGGUUAAGAACGUCUCAGUCGCUGCAAUCAUUGCGUCGUCGCUGCUUGCCGGCGCGCUUGCUGCUGGAGCCUCUUUCUCCGCCCUCUACCGCGCGUCAGGCGCCUUUCUCUUCCUCUUCCACGCGCUGCUGUAUCGAGAGGUGCUUAUGGACGUCGCUGACGUCACUGGUGACGCCAGCGCGGGCGUGCCGACGCUUGCGGUGCGGCUGGGGAAGCAGAGGGCGGUGAUGGUGGCGUGUGGCAUGCUGGUUCUGGCGCAUGCUGCUGGGCGGCGUGGUAGCGUCGAGCUCGCACUUCAAGUAGCCAGCCCACAGCAGCCAUGGAGCCUCGUGAAGUGCCGCUUCUGUGCCGUAGCCCCCUGUUGUGCCAUCUCGCCGUCGCUCUCUCUGCGAGACUAUCUCGCCGCCCCUCGUUCUGCCCAACCAUCGUCGGCGAAUCUGCGCCCAUAUCUCGCCAACCACUGCCAUCCACGAUCGCUACCGUCACCUGCGCUGCGCCUCUCUGCCGCGCCUCUCCGCUGCGCCGAUCGGUUUUCCGCUCCGCUCGCCACGAUGGGCGGCUUUCCGCCGCUGCUCGCGCUGCUCGCGCUCGCCCUCAUUCUCGGUCAGUCCACCCGCCGUGCCGCCCCGCCAGUCCUUUCUGUGUGCGCAUGCCGGCGUGUUUUCGUCCGUCCCUUGCCUCGUUGUCCCCACCGGCCCGUCACAUCACCUUCAUUCUCCGCCAUGCGCUCUCCGCGUCAUUCAACAUGCAUGAGAGCGCCAUUCGCAUUCGCGCUGUGCCACACCAACCAGGGCGAUCAGGGCAGACCGCACCAACCAACUCCCCGCCCUGCUCUGCUCCCCUCUCGCCCCUGCUCGCCCUCCCCUGCAGCCAGUGACGUCAUCCGCGGGGCGUCAGGCCAAGACGUGUCCGCUACGCCGCCGCCGGCGGUGGCGACGGCGAUCGCGGUGGGCAGCACUUUCACCUUCAACUUCACGGCGGCGCGCUGCACCAACCUGCCCAACACCGCCUCCUCCGCCACCGUGCAGUGGACGUCCGCCGCCGCCGCCACCGCCGGUCUCCCCGCGUGCGAGAACGUCACCUUCUUGACCGGCCCUGAUUGCACCGGGGUCGUCGCGUCGUCCGCCGCCAAGCCCUCAAGCCCGACCACCUACACCACCCGAGCCAUUCUCUCCUCUCCGUAUCCACUGUCGGCUCUCUGCUACAUCGUCGGAGACGCUCCGUGGUGGCCCACGGAGGUGGCGGCCAGGGUGGUGGUGGCGACGGCCGUGGCACUGGGCGCCUACAAGGUCGCCUUCGACCCCUCCUCGCGCUGCGCCACUGUGCCCGCCGGCACGGCCCCCGCUGGCGUGAGCACGCCUGUGAGCGUGCAGUGGGGGAGCAGCAGCAGCUUGGCGGGGGGCGGGGCGAGUGCGCCGUGCAACUUGGUGUCGUUCUUCCCGGGCACCAACUGCGACGGCGCUGUCAUGCAGCACUUCUACUCCUUCUCCAGGUCAGUGCGCGUGGGUGCUGUGGAGCAGCAACCCUUCGUCCAUCACACCGUCAUCAUUGAGCCCACUCACAACAGUUCGCUGCAAAUUCUGUACGCCCCUUGCUGCCUUCCGCCCCUCGCUGCCUUCCGCCCCUUGCUGCCUUUCGCCCCUUGCUGCCUUCCACCCCUUGCUGCCUUCCACCCCUCUUUCACCCAUUCUGUCUACCCUGCUGCCCUUUUCCAUUGA